AUGGCGACCGUACAAGACUCGCCCGUGAGCUCCGCCAAGCUGACGGAGCUGGGCAAGGCGCUGGACCAAACGUCCAUCUCCGUGUCCGCCCCGGGCGGCGCCCAGGACGAGGUGGACAUGGCCGACGCCGCUGAGCCGUCGCAGCCGCAGCUUCUGGCCAAGCUGCCGACCAAAAGCCCCAAGAAGCGCGGCCGCACCGACAGCAUGAAGAAGAUGCUGCCGGCGCCGGCCUCGCAGCGGCACAAGCAGGUGACGAGCUCGCCGCAGGGCAGCACCACGGAGGAGGAAUCGGCGGCGUCCACGCAGGAGACGCCGCCACCUCCGCCGCCGCAGCAGCGGCCGCACGCGCAGCCGGCGAAGCUCAUGGUGAAAGAUCGGAGGGGCAGCGGCAUGGGCGUGCCGCGCGCGCAUCUGAUCCUCAACGCGGUGAACCAGGCGCCCCCCGCCAAGGAGAAGUCCAACCCGCGACGGUGGUCCAAGCACGAGGACGAGUCGCUGAGGCUGGCGGUGGAGCGCAGUGGCGAGCGCAAUUGGAAGGCGAUCGCCGAUCAGGUGCCCGGACGCAAUCACACGCAGUGUCUGCAGCGGUGGACAAAAGUGCUCAAGCCCGGCUUGAUUAAGGGCCAUUGGACUCCCGAAGAAGACGCCAAGCUGCGGGAGCUGGUCGCUGAGGGCAAAAAGAACUGGGGACAAGUUGCCUCCCUCAUUCCCGGGCGAACGUCGUACACAGAAGACGAAGACAAGAUUAUUGUCGAGAUGCAAGCCAAGCUUGGCAAUCGGUGGUCUAUUAUCGCGCAACAGCUUAAGGGCCGGACAGAAGAUGCAGUUAAAAUUCGCUGGAAAUCGCUAAUGCGAGGACGCCGCGCUGCUUCCAAAGAAGAGAAAUCGCCAACGGCCGCCUCAGCAUCACCUGCGACUGCCGCUGCGAGCACAGUUUCGUCUUCUCCUGCCGAUGUGGAGAGACCCAAAGCUAAACCCUCGAAGGCCAGUCCGUCUCAACAGAAGAACGGUGCCCCACCAGCCUCUGCUGCGACGGAUGCAGUGCUUGGCGCAACUGUAAAAACAGAGGUGGCAGUUGCUCCGGAAACCAAAGUGGUUGGCGAAGCUACCGCAACGGAGGCUUCUUCUAUAGGGAACAUGCCAAGUACGGUGUUCGUGAAGAGUGCGCAGGCGUUGGCUCCGGCGUCGCAACCGGAUAUAGUGGCGGCGAUGGGUGUUUCCGGGAAUCCAAUGCAAAACGUGAACGAUCUGGUGGCUGCUUCGAUUCACAACUUCCAGAUGAGCCAACGAUUUCACCCAAGCUCGGCAGGUCAUGCUGGCAACACAUUGUACCCUGGGAACCCCAACCAACUAAUGACCGGCAUCGUACCUGGUAAUCAGCAACCUGCCCCUGUCUACGCGAUGACCGAUGGAGUGGGCUACAACAUGAACCUUCAGCCACAGCAAAUACCAUUGCAGCAACAUCCACCGCAGCAACACAUCCAGCCCCAGCAAGUUCCGACGUCGUACCAGUACCCCGCUGGGUACUCAAUGCAACAAAGCAUGCCUGUGAUGCCGAACUACGCGGUGCCUACGAAUUUUCCGACAUCGAGCCACAUGCAGAUGCAAAUGCAAAUGUCCAUGCCGAUGCCAGUAUCGUCUUCGAUGCAGCCUUCAUUAUCGAUGCCUCCAGCACCUAAUACGUAUUCGUCUCAGGCCAUGGCGAUGGCAAUGGCCAAUGCACAGUAUCAGCAAAAUUCUCAGCAUCCACCACCAGUACAUCAAGGAUUCAGCGGCGCACCGCUUCACCCUCGAGUGGUAUCCAUGAGUACUCCAUCAGGGGCGUCUUCGCAGCCUGUGGUAGUACCCGCCACUAGUGUUGGUGUCAUGGCAAAUAGCGGCAACAAUUUAAAUGGUGGGACGAGUGCUGGUCUUCCGCCAUCUUCAGCUGCGGCAGCGGUUGCGGGAGGGAAAGGAUUGAACACGCCACGGGAAGAGUGGGGUUCUUCACAGACUCCGCGGUCUCAGAUGAUUAUGACGGAGGGUCACGCUUCUGCGUACGAGCUGUUCCAUCAACAACGACUCAGGUUAAUGCUUCAGGAGCGAGACAAGCAGGGUAUGACUUUAUCUUCAGCUCCGUCUCCUGGCCAAGCAUUGCUCACAAAAGAGCUGGAGGCCAAUAAGGAGCGUCAAGCACGGCAGGCGAUCAUGCAGAAGGGGUGGAAAAGUGCCGUCGAGUCAAUGGUCUCGUUCAACAGUGUCAGCGACUUAUCUACUCUUGAUGACCAACAACGGUUUGACGGGCUACUGGAGAAAGUAUCAUUGUCCGCUCUCGAUCCAACUGAUGACGAACUGCUUGACCAGACUGUUGACAUUAUCUCGGGAGGUACGUACGCCACCAUUUUCGCUCAUAAAGACGAACGUAGGGAGCUGAUGCUGUGA